UUUGUCUUACGGCUGGGUAACGGCACGGAAAUGGUUCGCUUGGUACUGCACGAGGUGCGCUACGUGCUGAUAGCAAUGUUUUAUUCUACUCGCUGUUUAACAGCAAAAAUACAAAAUUCGCUGGUGGAUAAUUACAUUUACUGGUUUCUAACGCUGAUUCCGACCGCCAUGCUGUGUGUUCCGCAGUUUGCGUAUCUGCUCGUCGAUUCGAAAGGUCUCAUCGAUUUCGUGUCGGUACUGGUGCCCUUCACCGAGAUACUGCUGACCAAUCUGAAAAUGAUUAUUUGCAACAUAAAGAGGGAAAAAAUUAUUAAACUCAUAAACGAAAUACAAGCCGAGUGGACGGAAUAUCAAAAGUCGGACCAACACGAAAUACAAUCGCUAAUUACGUCCACUGCCAAGAAGACGCGCAUUUUCGUUAUCAUCUACACGGCAUCGUUCGUGCUCAUCUGCUUGGAGUAUGCAUCGAUGCCGUUGUUCAAGUUUGUGUACUUUAGUUUAUUUUCUGAAAACCAUGCCAACUUUACCGUCACGAUACCGUACUCAUCGAGAUUCUUUUUCAGCACAGAUACCAGCGCCAGCUUCUCGUUGACGUAUUUCUUCGUGAUGAUAGCGGUCUACAUGCUGGCACUAACGCUCAGCGGUUUCGACAGCCUUUUUGCGACGCUCGCCAUGCACAUUACGACGAUGUUUCAGUUUUUGAAAAUAGAAAUCGACCAGCUGGGAUUGGAUAUGCGGGCUGGUACGGGCCGUGCAGAGCUUCGUGACAAGAUGAAACGAAUCAUUCUGAAGCACAAAACUAAUCUUUCUCUAAUCGAAGAGCUAGAGGAUGGCUUUAGCUUCUACUUGAUGGUACAAUUUCUGACCAGUUCGUUCGUCGUUUGUGUUGUGUUCUACGAGUUAACGAUCGUGUUUGGCUGGAAUGAGGAUACCUUUAAAACGCUCACCUAUCUACCGGGCGCCAUACUGCAGCUCUAUCUCUUCUGCUGGUACGCGCAGAACAUCACCGAAGAGGCGAGACUAGUAUCCGACCAUAUCUACAACACCCCGUGGUACUUGUGUGACCUUGCACUGCAAAAAACGAUUCUCACGUUCAUGGUGAAGGCACAGAAACCGACCGGUGUAACGGCGUCAAAGUUUUACAUGGUCACAUUGCAGAGCUUUCAGAGGAUAAGCAGCACCUCUUACUCUUAUUUUACGCUGCUACAAACCAUCAACCAAUAGUGAUAAUAAAUUGCUUUAAGAAUUGUUCGAUUGGUACCUAAAUGAGAAAAUGCCUCUUCGUUGAGUUUAUAUUGAAGUAAAAGCGCCUGAAAGUAUGCAAUUGCUAUUACCGAAUGACGCUACAUGCUAUUACCAUUACAUUGCAUAUCGUCAAGGCGCAUAAGUAGGCUAUAAGCUAUUAAAAUUAAUUCGUAAAUAUGUCAUACGAUUGGAUUAGGAAUAAAAUUUCAUAGCAUGACGACUGACAAUGUAAUGUAAAAUUAAUGCAAAUUGCAUACCA